CCUUUAAGAGCAUCUGACAGCAUCCUCCUCUGUCACGGACGCGCACACAGCAGCUCAAUAUUUGAGGAUACAGCUUAGCUUUAUGCACUCACACAAUUCCUCGUAGAUACAUCCCAAACAUCACAUUAUUACUUUUACCACCAUUAUUUAUUCACCGGACAUUGAUGCAUUUGCCUCAUCGGUCACCGUAGCGGUCCAUUUGAUCGUUAUUGCUUUUAUUUUCAUCCUCUGCGCAUCCAAAGACUGAUCUUCGCUUCAAGAUGGCUGAGUUGAAUUUGGGGAAGGGUCUGACUGCAGGGAAAGUGGCCAGCAACGUUCAGAAAAAACUAACGAGAGCCCAAGAGAAGGUUCUUCAGAAGCUUGGCAAAGCAGAUGAGACCAAAGAUGUUGCAUUUGAGGAGGGAGUGAUUAACUUCAACAAACAAUAUACUGAAGGUAGCAAACUGCAAAGGGACCUUAGGGCGUACCUGGAGGCGGUGAAAGCCAUGCACGAGUCCUCCAAGAACGUUCAGGCGUGUUUGGCUGACAUGUACGAGCCAGAGUGGUACGGGUCAAGAGAAGUGGAAUCCAUUGUGGAGGACUGUGACGUACUGUGGGAAGACUACCACCAAAAGUUGGUUGAUCAUGCUCUCAUCUCCAUGGAUACUUACCUUGGCCAGUUCCCUGAUAUCAAGGCACGUAUAGCAAAGAGGGACAGGAAGCUGGUCGAUUAUGACAGCGCCAGACACAACUAUGCCACCACUCACAAGACCAAGAAAAAGGACGGGGGAAUUAAACUCACCAAGCCCUCCUCUUUGUUGGAGAGGGCCACUCCAGGUUGGGCUCAGGGUAUCUUGUCUGCACACAAUGUCGCCCAGAGCAGUCUGUCCAGGAGCCAGGCUGAAGAAGAGUUGGAGAGAGCCCAGAAGGUGUUUGAGGAGAUUAAUAUCGACUUGCAAGAGGAGUUACCUUCACUGUGGAACAGUCGUGUUGGGUUUUACGUGAGCACCUUCCAGAGUCUGGCUGGUUUUGAGGAGAAGUUUCACAAGGAAAUAGGCCGGUUGGAUCAGGACUUAUAUGAUGUGUUGGAGAAACUGGAGAGAACAGGCACAAGCGGAAAGACAGGUAACCAAGGCGCCUCAUCUUCAGGAACAAAUAGGAGUGGGAAAGAAGCAUCUAACCACACUCUCAGGCCAGGAGGACCUCCGCCAAUCCCCAAAUCUCCAUCCAAGCUAAGGCCAGCAAUGCCUCCUCCACCCAAGGUGACCCCAUCUAUGGAUAUGAAAGCAGAAAACAUCGUCAACCUGUUUGAUGCUGCAGCCAAUCCUGAUAUCAGCGUCACCUCCCCUACAGAGUUUGACAGUCCAGCUGUGAGCAACCUGUUGGACAUGGACCUGGACUCUUUCAGUGAAGCUACCAAAACCUCCACAGUCACACAGCCUGCAAACUGGGACUCAUGGCCUGAGGACAGUGGGGACCAGGAAGAGGAGACCCAGCAGCACUAUGACCCUGUGGCUGCUGCUACAGAUGCCUGGGGGGAUGACGGUACGCAGCCCGUCCGCUAUGACCCCAUAGCAGCUGCAACUGAGGGCUGGGGGGAUGACGGGACCCAACCGGUUUGCUAUGAUGAGGAAGAAGAGGUGGAUGAUGGGAGUCAGCAGGCUCAUUAUGAUCCUGCGGCUGAAGACCAGAAUGACUGGGCUGAUGAUGGCGCAGGCCAGUCAGUCACAGAGGUCCCUGAUGAAGAACCUGCAGCUGAGGCUCCAGCUGAGGAAGAAGCAACUUCAGCUGCUGCUGCAUUGGAUGAGGAAGAGGGUCAGGGUGAGUCUGCAGCAGCAGCUGCUGCAGCAACAGCAGCGGAGGAAGAGGAAGUGACAGAGGAGACACCUGCAGCAGCAGCAGCAGCACCAGAGGCAGCAGCAGCAGCUGCACCAGCAGCAGCAGCAGCGUCAGCAGAAUCAACAGAAGCAGCAUCAGAGGAGGCAGAAAUGCCAGCUGGCUUUCUGUUCAAGCUCCAGGUGAUGCAUGACUACGCUGCCAAUGACACAGAUGAACUGGAGAUGAAGGCUGGGGAUGUGGUUCUAGUAAUCCCCUUUGACAACGCGGAAGAACAGGAUGACGGUUGGCUGAUGGGAAUGAAAGAGGACGACUGGCACCAGAACAAAGAAAACGCUGCCAAAGGAGUAUUCCCCGAAAACUUCACCCAAAGGCUGUGAGAGAGGGAGAACACGGCGUCAUUCCAGCUUCCUUCUUUACGUCUUUCUUUCACUCGCCUCGAUCCUUCCUGCCCUCUCUCGCCCUGAUACUGUAUCUUUAAAAAGGACUUUGGCCAUAGAAGCAGAGCUGUAACAGUUCUGGCUGAAAUCGUGCAUUUCUAAGGUCUGCUACACUGUGCUAAAAGUGGAUCUUGGCAUUUCUGUGGAUUUCUGCCAACAUUUACACGUUACAGAUGCAGCCAUUUCACAUGUCCCACUCCUUGUUGCAAUCUUCACAUGAGGAGCUUUGAUCAUAAAGAAUAUAUGCAGGGAUACGUGCCUCUGCAAUGGCUACCACUGUUUUAUUCUUAGUCAUAGCUCAUCAUAAACUCUCCAAGGCACAUCAAAACAAAGGAAAUCUACUUAUGAGAUGUGCUUUUCCAACUGUAGCAAUGUAGUGUUAAUCCUUACAUUUGUUUUUAUAAAGGGUGAGUGUGUAUAAUUUCAAAAACCAGACAAACAGCAGAUUGAACCCACGCUGAAUAUAGUCCUCCCUAUGGUAAGAAAUUUCACCUAGCGAAAUAACAUAAAGAUUAUUUUACUCCUUCAAAUUGACAUAAUGCAGACAGUGCAGCCACUUUGUAGCCAUCAAGUGUAUUUCUCUUCUUGGGGCAGAAGGUUUGUUUUGACACUUUCCAUUUUUUGAUGGCUUAUUCCAAUUUUGACCUCACAUAAAGAAAGUUAUUUGUCAUAUGCUGGUGAACUCCUCGGGAAUUGCUGCUAACACAAGCCUUUUAGACACACCCACCUUUUAAUCCUACCUUAUUAUUCAACAAACCUUAUUAUAUAACAUGGGCCCUUGGUUGUUGUAUUUGUUUAAAUUAGUGGUAUAAGUCAUAUGAACACAAAAUCCAAACAAAUACAUAUGCAGUUUGCUGAUCAUCUGACCCUAACCUUGUAAAAGACAGCAGAAGUUCAAUAUGGAAAUAUUUAAAAAACAAUCUAUACAGAAAUACUGGUUUUUAACCUAUAUGUAACCUGCAGUGGUCUUAACCUCUAGAAAAAAACAUGAAUGUUUUAAUUUCUGACAUUCAUGGUUUUUUAUUGUUCGUUGUGUGACUUUUGGUGGAGUGCGCAUGAAAAGGAACUGAAUUUCCUUUCUUUCUUUUUUUACGAUGAAUUCUCUAAUAUGCAUUAGCCAGGCGUGGUAUUAAGCUAACCAACAAACUACAACAACCAGAGCUGCCACUGGUACUAUAAUAUUUAGACAAGUAUGGUUACAUCCCAACUGCUAAUCAAUCAUACAAUAACUGAGCCAGCCUCAUUUGUCUUUGAAAAGUUGUGCCGAAAAAAACAAUUCCUUCCACUUGCAGAGAGACGACUUCACCCUAAUGCAGAUGAUUCAGAAUAUGCACCAGAGCAACUUCUUUUAUUUUUCUAUGCUGCCAAGCAAUGAUUACAAAUAGCCUAAUGUAACUUUGUCGACAUACUUGCCAACUUAUGAUGUAAUGGAGUGUUUUGUACUUCUGUCAGGUUUCCUGCUCUCAACAUAGCCGCUUACUGUAGGUAGUCUAAAGUAUCUCACAUUCACUCAGUCAUUGAAUGUCUGCAUGUGAGAUAGUUUUACGUUCAGUCACAACUCAAAAGGUAGUCACAGUUCUCAUGAUGUUCUCAAACAUGUAAUAAGCGUGAGAGGAGAUGCUUGUGUGUGUGUUUGUGGGUUGUUUGGAAACAGAAAUUCUUUAUCUAUAGGCUAUUGUUAUUGGACAAUUUCACCACCUACCUACCAGGCGAUGAGGUCAUAUGUUUUACACAAGGUUUUUCCAACUGGACAAAGACCACUCUUUGGGUCUUUCUCCACUGGCUGGUAUUAUGGUUCCAGGUGUUCUUGUGCAUUUGUUGUGUAUAAGUGUAAUUUUGCCAAGCUGUGAUGACAGAUACAUAUUCUAUAAAGACAUUCAUAUCUGUAUGUGAGUUACUGUGUGCAUGCUGACUUUCCAUGUGUUGUUGUGUGAACACCCUUAAUUUAUGACAAUGAUACUUGGGUCACUUUUGAGGCAGUGAAAACAGGCAAUUUUUUAUUUAUGUUUUAUUUGUAUUUUUUUUUUUUCAUCUUAAGCAUAUUGUUUGUUUUCCACCAUUCCCUCUCAAAUCUGUCGUGAUUAUAAUUGCUGGUUGUCAAUCAGCCUUGCCUCAAAAUGUUGCCGGGUAUCGUGGUCCAGAGAUAAACAUGAUUGCAUGGAGACAGGACACAUAGACAAUAAUUUCACAUCACCAGACUCAGGUGGACAAGUUUUUGUAAUGGUUUACAGUAUUUUAACCAGUUGACAGCUGCAUGUUUUUUUCAUGUCAAUGUAAAAAGCCCCAUGGGAAGGCAUCAAAUGAAGAAAUACAUAAACCAUAUAUAUAUCCAUAUCAUAUUUUUAUUUUCAGAUAUAUGUAACUUGGUGAGUGUUUCACCUGGGUCUGGUUUUCUAUAUGUUCUAAUGGAUCAGUCUCCUGCAUUGAGCUAUGGGAUACAACAAAAUGUUUUUCCUGUACCUAACUGACCAAUAAUAUUAAAGAUGACUUAGAAUCUCA